GCUAAAGAAGCACCAUCGACAGCGGGGGGAGCUUUUCUCGGCCAUGGCGGAGUCUCAGCUGGUGUGCAUGGACGAUGAGCACGUCAACGAGAAGGUCCCGGAGUCCAGGCCGGAGUUUUACUACAGCGAGGAGCAGCGUGCGGCCCUGGAGCAGCUGCUGAGGAACGGGGACGGAGCCUUCAAGAUGCGCCUCAAAGAGGACCACAUCAAGGAUUUCCUCAGCGCCAGAGAGGUCAAAGUCAUCCGGGAAACGUUUCAAGAGUACGACACGGACAGUGACUACGAGCCCGGAGAGCAGGAAAAGUCCAAGGAGUCCUCCAGCGCUGACUCUGGGGUCCACUCCACCUACUGGCCCCAGAUGUCAGACACUGAGGUCCCGUCUCUUGACAUCGGUUGGCCCGCCAGCAGUGGAGUCUACAAGGGGGUGACCCGGGUAUCCGUGUACACUCAUCCACCCAAAGAACCCGGACCUCAUAUCAAGGAGGUGGUGAGGAGGCUCAUACAGGAGUCUCACAAGGCGGUAGCCAUCGUCAUGGACCUCCUCACAGACGUGCAGAUCGUCCAGGACCUGCUGGAUGCCUCGUCACGGCGCGGGGUGGCUGUCUACGCCGUGCUGGAGGCCAGAGGAGUGCCCCACUUCCUGGAUAUGUGCUCUCGGCUGCAGAUUAACGCGAUGCAUCUGCGGAACCUUCGUGUGCGAAUGGUGAGAGGUGCAGGGCUGGCCCUGUCCUUUGGAAAACUGCCCGGCUCCUUGAGUUCCAAAUACAUGCUGGUGGAUGGAGAGAAAGUCAUGUUUGGGUCUUACAGCUUCACCUGGAGUUCUUCUCGGAUGGACAGGAACACGAUCACUGUGAUGUCGGGACAAAUUGUGGACUUUUUUGAUAGUGACUUCCGGGAGCUCUACGCCGUGUCUGACCAGGUAGACCUCUACAAGGAGUUCAACGUUACCAAGCCGCCUCUUCCCACACCCAUCAGGAAGCCGAAGGUGGAGCAAAGCCGGCCUCUGCCCGUCUCUAUAUCUCGCUUUCAGGUAUCCGUUGGAGACUCCAAACAGAUUGACCUGAAGGUACCUGCACAUAAGUACCACAAUCCAAAGUACUCCCUGGUCUUUGGGAACAGUCUGGGUUUGACGGGUUCGCUGCAAGAUCUGUCGACACCAAAAGACUCAUUGGUUGGUGGGCUAACCCAGAAGAACGGCCUGCACAACAACUUCCUUCAUACCUGCAAGGACAGUAAGGAAAGGGUGGACCGAGUCCCCCCACAGAGUCCUGGUUCACCUGCAGAGGAGGAGGAUGAGGACGCAAAGGGAGGCCAAAAGAAAAACCAGGGGACUGGAUUGAAGAAACGUAGCUCCUUCAGACACUUUUUGAAAGGCAGAGGAGCCAAUCAGACUACAGAAAUUAUAGAGGAAGGUGUGGUCACUCCUCAGUGCCCAUCACCCACAUGCAAAGUGCCAGAGACCAAUGGCGUCACAGGAAAUGAACUGGAGGACUCAUUUGAGAUCAUUGAGAAACCAGGACCACUAAAAUCCAAAACUAAGAAGCCGUCAAAACACAUUCAGAGGAGUGUGUCUCUGCAAACCAUCAACACGGGCGACGAAGACGGAUUCAAAAGCCGUCGGCGGCAUCAGAAGAAGAACUGCAUCCAGUCAUGAAAUGACAAAAAAAGGAUAGUCUGUCAUUGGUUAUAAAGAAGAUAUUGUGGUAAAACAUGCUUGAACAUCACUGUUUGUGAGAUUAGUGCAAUCUGUGAUUCUGGACUGUAACGCUGCUUUGGUCAGCAGUAAAGAUCACCAAUAAAAUUCAAUUCAAUUCCAUUCAGUUUUAUUUAUAUAGCGCCAAUAACAAUACAAAGUGUCUCAAGACGCUUCACAAAAACCAGCCUGCAAUCUCCAGAACAAGACUGCGGGCAACACUGUCAAGGAAAAACUCAUUUGCCGAAGGCCAGCCAGGUAGAAACAGAGGAUAGAGAGAGAAGAAGAACAGGAGAAACAGAUAAACAAAGUCAUAGAUACAUACAUCAAGCUGAAGGAAACAUGUAGAAUCUAAUAA